UCCCCCGCCAGUGGCUGGAGCGGACCGGUGCAGCCUCACAUCCCUCCCGCCUUCCUCCUCUCCCAGCCCCCAGCUAAUGAGCCCAGCCCUUAGCUCCAUCAUCCCGGAGACGGUAUCCCAGCGACUCCCAGUCACCAGCAGCGUCUCCCAUUCAUCACCAGCGUCUCCCAGUCACCACCAGUAGCCGCUGCCAUUCACAGGACCCCGGCGCCCACAGUGAGGAGCACAAGUGCGGCCACCUGCAGACCUGUCACCGGCUGCGGUCACUUCUCCCGGCAAUGGCGGAGAUACGGAGCUUGUACCGGGGAGCCGUGUGACUAUGGGACCCGAGGAGGCUGUAUAGACAGCGGCAGUGCCCGUGUGCCCCCCGCCCGCUUCACAUAGACAUGUGGCCAUAGGGGAGCAGGGGCUGCGGUCCUACAACAUGGAGCCCCCCGCGGAAAGUCCGUGCCGGGCAGCGGAAUACCUGAAGGAGCUCAACAAGAUCAUCGAGACCCAGCAGGAGCUUCUGGAGCGGCAGAAGAAGAGGAUAGACGAGCUGGAGGAGCAGGUCAGCUCCCUGUACAAGGAGAAGAGCAGCCUGUACGAGGAGCACCAGCUGCACCUCAACACCUGCAGGCUACACCAGGGGCCCCCGGGGCCCUCCUGCCUCAGCUCCAUCCAGGAGAACGACAGGUAUGAAGAAGACGUGCCAAGAAAUGUAAGGUAUCCUGUAAAAUUUCAUGCACACUGUAGGAUGUCUCAGGAACAAUUUGACAACCUUCUCCGUGUGGUUCGUCCAUAUUUGACACAUGAAACUAAUACCAUGCGCAGAACCAUCUCAGACGAAGAGCGUUUACUGCUGACUUUACGGGGAAGAAGAACACCUGUCCCUAGUGCUGGAACGAGAGGUGCACUUUAUUACCCACGGACCUCCUUGGAAACCAGGAGCAGUUUAUCUACAGAACCACUAAGUGUUGAAGGAGAGGUCCCUGGGAGUGAAACAGGCGCUUCUUUAGACGCUUCAUCGGGUUACCACCAAGGAGCCAUAACACACAGCUCGUCUAUAAGCCCCGACCAGUACGACCAUCCUGCUUACGGGAUUUAUUCCGUGUCCCCCGGACAGCGGUCACGAAGGCCAAAACUACAGCAUUCCACGUCUAUUCUCCGGAAACAGGCCGAGGAGGAGGCUAUUAAACGCUCCAGAUCACUCUCCGAGAGCUAUGAACUCUCUUCAGACUUGCAGGACAAGCAGGUGGAGAUGCUGGAGCGCAAAUAUGGAGGCCGUCUCAUAACCAGACAUGCUGCACGCACUAUCCAAACGGCCUUCCGGCAAUAUCAGAUGAACAAGAAUUUCGAGAGGCUUCGAAGUUCCAUGUCUGAAAACCGCAUGUCGCGACGGAUUGUAUUGUCCAAUAUGAGAAUGCAGUUCUCCUUUGAAGGACCAGAGAAAGUCCAUAGUUCCUAUUUUGAAGGAAAGCAGGUGUCUCUGUCAAACGAUGGCACAAAACUAGGGCACCGAAUCGUGCAAUCUGACUGUGGGGAUCUUGGUGAGCAGACAUCACUAAAAUCCCCUGUUGCAUCCAGCGAUUUUGCUGAUGCCAUUACGGAACUGGAAGAUGCUUUCUCCCGACAAGUCAAGUCCCUUGCAGAAUCUAUCGAUGAUGCUUUAAAUUGUCGUAGUUUACAUGCAGAUGAAGUCCAGGCAUCUGAACAAGUUAGAAGUCGAGAAUUAGAAAGAAAUAGUCAGAUGAAGCCCGGCCAUAAUAUUGAUCACAGGAAACUUGAUGAAAUGACAGCAUCAUAUAGUGAUGUUACCCUCUAUAUUGAUGAGGAAGAACUCUCCCCUCCUCUUCCUCUUUCUCAGUCUGUGGACAGGCCUUCCAGCACAGAAUCUGACUUGAGACUCAGGUCAAUGAACUCUUCUCAAGAGUACUGGUCCAUGACUCAUAAGGACGAUAAGUUGGAUACAGAUACUAGCUGUCGGAGCACCCCAUCACUGGAGUGCCAGGACCAUCGGUCAAGAAUAGACCAUCUCCCUUUGCUUACCAUUGAGCCACCUAGUGACAGUUCAGUAGAUCUUAGUGAUCGUUCUGAAAGAGGAUCUAUAAAAAGGCAAAACGUGUAUGAAAGAGCUAUUCACAGUCAGCAAGGAAGCCCCAAACAUAUCACCCAUAUUGCAACCAAAAUAAUCCCUAGGGAUGAUGAACAAAGCCACCAUCGGCCCAGGCCUAUAGAUGCACAGCUGAUAAUAAAUGGAACUGUAAACCGGCAGAGUAAAUCGGAAUCUGAUUAUUCGGAUGGCGACAAUGACAGCAUAAAUAGCACUUCUAAUUCCAAUGAUACCAUAAACUGCAGCUCAGAGUCUUCAAGAGACAGCAUCCGAGAGCAGACCCUGAGCAAACAGACGUACCACAAAGAGACACGAAACAGCUGGGAUUCACCCGCAUUUAGUAAUGAUGUUAUCAGGAAAAGACAUUACAGGAUCGGGCUCAACCUUUUCAAUAAGAAACCUGAGAAGGGCAUCCAGUAUCUCAUUGAACGGGGCUUUGUACCAGAUACCCCAGUUGGAGUGGCUCAUUUUCUCUUGCAGCGAAAGGGACUCAGCCGCCAAAUGAUUGGAGAGUUUCUGGGCAACAGGCAGAAGCAGUUCAAUAGAGACGUCCUCGACUGCGUGGUUGAUGAGAUGGAUUUUUCAGCCAUGGAGUUAGAUGAAGCUCUCAGGAAGUUCCAAGCUCAUAUACGGGUACAGGGAGAAGCCCAGAAAGUGGAGAGACUCAUCGAAGCAUUUAGCCAGAGGUAUUGCAUCUGUAACCCUGGUGUUGUCAGGCAGUUCCGGAAUCCAGAUACCAUCUUCAUCUUGGCCUUUGCAAUCAUCCUUCUCAACACUGACAUGUAUAGCCCCAAUGUCAAGCCUGAGCGAAAGAUGAAGCUGGAGGAUUUUGUAAAGAAUUUACGAGGUGUGGACGAUGGCGAGGACAUCCCGCGAGAGAUGCUAAUAGGCAUUUAUGAGCGCAUCCGUAAGCGUGAACUCAAAACUAAUGAAGAUCAUGUAUCUCAAGUUCAGAAGGUUGAAAAACUUAUUGUAGGCAAGAAGCCGAUUGGAUCCCUACACCAUGGACUUGGCUGUGUCCUUUCCUUACCACAUCGAAGACUGGUCUGCUACUGUCGUCUUUUUGAAGUUCCUGACCCAAACAAACCCCAAAAGCUUGGUUUACAUCAGAGAGAAAUUUUCCUGUUUAAUGACUUGCUAGUGGUAACAAAAAUCUUCCAGAAGAAGAAAAAUUCAGUAACCUACAGCUUCCGACAGUCAUUCUCCCUUUAUGGAAUGCAAGUUAUGCUGUUUGAAAAUCAGUACUAUCCAAAUGGUAUCCGACUCACAUCAGCAAUUCCAGGCGCAGACAUUAAAGUACUCAUAAACUUCAAUGCACCAAAUCCUCAAGAUCGCAAGAAGUUCACAGAUGACUUGAGAGAAUCCAUUGCAGAAGUUCAAGAAAUGGAAAAAUACAGAAUAGAGUGUAAGUACAAAGCGGAGCUAGAGAAGCAGAAGGGAGUGGUGCGUCCUAGUAUGUCUCAAUGCUCCAGUUUGAAGAAAGAGUCUGGUAAUGGCACACUGAACAGGACCUGUCUAGAUGAUAGCUACGCCACAGGAGAAGGACUCAAACGCAGCGCUCUCAGCAGCUCUCUUCGAGAUUUGUCAGAAGCAGGCAAGCGUGGGCGGCGCAGCAGUGCAGGAUCGCUAGACAGCAAUAUGGAAGGGUCCAUCAUUAGCAGUCCUCACAUGCGCAGACGAGCCACCUCUACAAGGGAAUGUGCCUCCCGUCAGAGCUUACCUAACUCUUCCUCCCUCCUAGGUUCUUUAUUUGGUAGCAAGAGGGGGAAGCCAUCUUCCCAAGGCCAUCUUGUAGCUGGACAAGUGCAACCGCAGCACCCCACACUGAUUUCACACCAACAACAUCCGAGUCAUCACCCGGCACAAGCCGAGGGGCAAACCCAGGCACAAGUACAUGCACAACACUCACAGUACUGCCACAUACCACAAAACCCACCGCCCUAUCACCAUCAUCAUCACUACCACCCUCCCCAGCACAUCCAACCACAUCAGUACCACCCACAUGUACAACAUUCUUCCCAUGCAUCAUACAUUCAGCACCCUCAUGCACAACACGCCCUCUCCAGCCACCCACCAUUGCCUCACUCUGGGCACUCGGCACAUUCCCAGCAUGGACAGCAGCAUCAUCAUCCUCAGCAGGUCCCUUCUACGUCUACGAGCACGAAACCUAAACACAGUGGAAUUAGCACAAUAGUUUAGAAGUAUCAUUUUAACAGACCUUCCAACAGGGGGAAUCUGGAUCCAGAUGUAAUAAGAAUGGUCUCCUUAGUGAGAGCAUUCAUUGCCAUCACAAUUUAAAGGAGAGGCAUUUUUUAUUAUUUAAUUACAGUAUAGAAGUAGGAACUCAAUAGAAUAACGGCCUAGUAGCUGCAUAAACAAUAAGGGUAAGUCCACACAGGGCAGAUAUUACCAUUGCAAAUUCGUCACUAAUGUGUCUUGCAAAUUUAACACAGAUUUUACCCCAUUGUAAGAGUUGGAAUCUGCAUCACAGGUGGGAAUUUACCCCACAGGAAAAUUUCUACCACAUGUGAGUCCAGUUUUCUGGCUACAAAUCUGCAGCAUUUACCUCCUGUGUGAAUUUACCCCCAGCACUGGCCUGGAUCAUAAUACUACUUAGCUAAUACUCUAGUUAAACUGUGUGCGUGUACACAGAUACAUUUAGCAUCUUAUUAAUAUAUUGCGUGUGUGUACACAUUUAGUACCUUAAAUUAUUGUAUCUGAAAAACAAAUAUUUAAAUUUAUUUUCAAUUCUAGCAAUAUUGACUCACAAGCAUUUUCACUUCAUCUAGUUUGUAGGAAGAGUAAAUAUAUGAAGAGGUUACAGUAUUUUCCUAAAACCAAGCAAUCCGUACAUGAAAUGUGCCAAUUCUCAUAACAGUUUCUGUAUUUGUCCUAGCUACACUUCGCUUGUACAAAGGAUAAAUUAUUCUUGUUGUAAAAGGAAAAAAACAAACAAAAAAAAAAAAAACCUUACUACAGAUCAGUAUUAUGCUGUCUUCUUCCAGGUAAGCAAGCUAGCGGAGGAACCCCUGCAGUUUAUAGAGUAACUGACCAUUGACCAUAACAAUUCUUGGACACUUUAACGGCUGUAAGAACUGUGAAUUUUCAUUAUCUACCUUUUUAUAUACAUAUAUAUAUAAAUAUAUACAUACGAUUUGUAAACACAUAGAACUAGAUGUGUGUUUCAUGUACUCGCAUAAUCCAGCGUUCAUGGAUCCUCUCUCCAGUGUCUGCAGUGUCUUGCUGUCACCAUUCAUUUUGAUUUUGAAACUAUGAGCAAAACAUUUGAGACCUUUUUAUAGCAGAGAAUGUAUUUUCAGACUUUUUUAGCAGUGUUUUUCAUUCGUUUUUUUUCUAAGUUGUCUUCUUUUCGAUUGGCAAGUGCUACUGAAUGGAGAUUUCAGUGUAACGGUUUAUCCCACCGACCCAACAGAUCUCAGUUUCUAACAGUGUCUGCUCUUCUCUAUGUCACCUACCAUGUCUAAGAUUACCUCGAUCCGGAGUUGCUUGAUGUCAUCAAGUUACUUUUCCUGCAUUUUCUUUUUGCCACCGGAUUAAUUUGCAUCUAGAAACAUCAUCCAGGAUAUUAAAAACCAAUAUAAAGGAUACUUUUCACUGUGAUGACAGGAGCAACCAAAUCAAUGGAUUUCUAUUCUGUACCUUGCCCAAUUCGUAUACCUUAUUGAUACCAGCAGAAACGAAACACUUUGUGUAACUCUUCAUGAGCCCGUAAGAUUAUAGAGUUUUCAGAUAAAUUAACUACACAUAUCUGUCAUGUUUGUCGCGGAGCCCCCUGCCAUUAAGAGGUUAACUCAUAGACCAGUUUGGGCCUAAUUUCUGUUCCUGUGAGAAGCAGAGACUGUGCCUUGUAGACUAUACAAUGCUAUUGUGAGAGGCAAGAGACUGUUACUUUAUUUUGUAUUUUAUAUAGAAAACCAUAGUUGACCACUGUCUUAGACUGUCCUGAGGAUCUUAAAAACCACAAUGUUCGUUAUUCACCAAUAUUUCCUGUGGUAAGGUUAAUCUCUUGCAUACAUGAGGUCUUCAUAGAGAUCCCUAAAUAUCCUUGGAAACAGUUUGGAAAUGUUGGAAACUAUUUAGCGAAAGAGAAGAGAUCCCUCACUUUAGAGAGCGCUUCUUAUUGACUAGGCACUGCUUGUAGAAGACAAAGUCUAAUCCUUUAAGGGUAGAAGAUAUUCUUGUGGGCUGUAGAGAAGAGAAAUCAUUGUGUUGGUCGUAGCACCCAAUAAACCAAAUAAAGUCAGAGAUGUGAUUGGUUGAUAGUUGUCUAUAGAGCAACUCCGGAAUUGCACUCACUUUUGGGACUAUUCUCACUUACAUCAGUUUAGACUAUAGAGUUACUACAUGCAAAUCAUAAACAGCUUUCUACCCCUAGAGACCAUUCUUUGUGGGUUAUGCCAUCACAUUGUACACUGCAGAGCUCAUGUCCAUUACAGAAUAUCCUGAAGAUGCCCACAUCGUGUUUCGGUUCACAGCUCCCAUUCACAUUAAAGGCUCAGCCCUGUUCCUCACAGGCUAUAGAACUAACUAGUAAGGCAAAUACACCAGUUUUGCAUGUCAUCUAUAGUAAAUAUUCUGAUGCUACAUUCUAAAUAGUGUAUAUUUGCAGAAUAUAUCAGUAUUAUUGUUCAUAUUAUCCGAGGUAAGGUGAUAACAUAUUACAAUAUGUAGCCUUCCCUUCUUACCUCUGUACUUUAUAGUAGAAAUUAUCUGUAAUUUAUAUGGUAUUCCAGGAAAGAGAAGACUUGGCAUACUGGUUGUGUUUUUUUAAGUUAUGUUUCAUUUUAACACAUUUUUACUCUCUAUCUUAAUGUUAUCUAGUACUAGAGUUAUGUUAGUCAAAUAAAAUACAAAUGGCACAAAGCUGGUGUGGAGUUUCAUUAGUGUAGACACUUAUUUUUCUAUAUAUGUUUAUAAGCACACUACUUACAUACGGAGAAUGGAAACAUACACUAUACCAGAGAAUAUUUAUCUAUAAAACCAGGCUCCAGUAGGAUCAGGAGGUGCUGCUAUUGUGUAGAAAUCCAGAAUCAUCACAGUUUGUUAACCAAUGACAUCAUCAAAUAAGUUUUAAGUAGUUUAAAGGCCUUCCUAAUAAACAGUUACAGGAGUUUUUUGGGGGGCCCAUUAAUCUGAUAUGGAUGGCUUAUUCGUAGAAUAAAAAGACGCACUGCAUCCUCUUCAGUGUUCUAUGCACAGCGCCAUACAUUUUGUAGUGGCUGUGCCUGGUACUGCAACUCAGAACAAUUAACUUGAAUUGAGCUGAGCUGCAGGACCAAGCAGAGCCACUACAAAAAGUAUGAAGAUGUAACGGUAAAGCAUGAAAGGACCACUGUGCUCUCUGGGACAUGUGACCCCUUUAAUCAGCUGAUCAAUGGGGGAGCGGGAAGUCGGCACCCUACUGAUCUGACAUUGAUGGCCUAUGGCAAGGAUAAUCCAACAAUAUAAAAGUCCCAAGAAAUGAUUAUCAGAUUGUAACUAAAAGUGACACUCGGGAUUAAGUAGCCUUAUCUCUCACUGAAAUUUGCAACUGGUAGCAAGAGACAUAACAUCAAAUAGCAUAUAUAUAUAUAUAUAUAUAUAUAUAUGUAUAUAUAUAUAUAUAUAUAUAUAUAUAUAUAUAUAGUAUAUUUACCAUUAUAACCAGCGAUUUAGGACAUUGAAAUAAUAGGAUAAAUAAAUUAUAUAACACAUUGCAUGCAGAGAACAGGGCAUGAACAUUCUGCUAAAUAAAGAUCUAGUACAUAGUCAGUUUUGGAACAUCCACCGGAUAUGUAAAACUAUGGAAUUCCUACAUUUAUUAUCUGCCUCUCUAUGUAAGAUAGGUAAUGUAAUAGCAUUUUUAUUUAAUACACCACAUUCCGAUAUUACACAACCAAUAUGAAAAUGCAGACUCUUUCCUAGAAUAAACACAUAAUGUAUAUGUAUUUUUUAAGUUAAGAAUGAAAUGUACACUGUAAACAAUAACAAGAUACUUAUAUACUGUACAUGUAUUGUAGAAUGACACUCCCCAUGGUGCUGCAUGUAGCGGAGACCUCUGGGUUCUUAACGUCAGCUGAACUUGGCAGCAGAUAUUUAUACAUAUAUGUAUAUUGAAUCUCUACUUGUUGACUUGCUGUGUCUCCUGCAGUUCCGCAUGAAUUUGUUAUGUUUCCAUUGUAAAUUAUCAUUGCACUUCUUGCCUGCAAAUAAAGAAGCGACUGCUUUGUAUAUACAAAAAAAAAGAACUAACUGAAAGGUGAAAAUCUUUGGGAUGGCGGCUCUAGGACCAAGUGAGAGCUAGGUGACUGAUAUCUGUAUAUAGUGUGUAUAUUACAAUUCCGUCUGCAGUCAUACUGAGGUUGCACACAGUACCUAUCUCUUACUAGAAUCCGGACUAUAACAUUUGCAUUGUAGAAAACAGAGUGUUGGUUCCUAAGAGUAGACUGUUAGAAUCCCAUUAGGCGGAUCCAGUUUCUGAUGGGAAACAAAUUGCAUUUUGUAAGAAAUGUGAAGAGAGGAGUGCUUUCAUUUUAAUCUGCAUUCUGUUUGUAAGUAGUAACAAACCCUAUCGAUGUACAACUAUAACUGUGAUCAUGUGGACUAACUAAAUAAACCAUAAAAGACGACAAUGUUA